AUGGCUAAGAAUUCGUCUCGCUCAUAUUCGCCGCCGGACAAGCUCGAGAAUCUCAAUGCCUGCGUGUCGUCGCCGUCACCGCAGCCGCGGUCGUUUCAACAGAAAGAUGCCACUUUUCGGGAGUGGGUUGUACAGAACCAGAUUGGCAUCUCAUUAACUACACUGUCCACUCUGCUCGCCGCCCACACCCUCUACCCCUCUGUUCAAUCCUUUACAGCGCCUUUUUUCCAAAUGUCCUACUAUCACCCCGAGUCCGGAAAAUAUAAACAAGGCUGGGACGAUGUAUACUUUGUUAUAAGUGCCGUCUUUGCGUUUACAGCUGUUCGCGGUAUUUGCCUGGAGUGGAUAUUCACACCGUUGGGGAGAUAUGCUGGCAUGAAGAGAAAGGCCUCGGUGCGGUUUGCCGAACAAGCGUGGCUUGUGUGCUAUGACUUGACUUAUUGGAGUUACGGAAUGUAUCUGUGGAGCAACUCGAGUUAUUGGGGCGACUUCAAGGUCAUCUGGGCUGAGUGGCCUAAGCAAGAAGUCGCUGGAGAGAUGAAGUGGUAUCUCUUAACACAAUUGGCUUUUUGGAUUCAGCAGAUAUUCACCGUCAAUAUUGAAGAGCGCCGGAAAGAUUUUUACCAUAUGCUAUCGCAUCAUGUGCUUACAAGCUCAUUGUUGAGUGCUGCGUAUAUCUACCGCUUCUACAACGUUGCCAACGUGGUUUUGUCGCUAAUGGACAUUGUGGAUUUCCUUUUGCCCGCAGCCAAGAUCCUCAAAUAUUUCGGCUACGAAACGAUGUGCAAUACCGUGUUUGUCCUACUGAUUUUGACAUGGCUUGUUACCCGCCACAUUCUCUAUCCCAUGCUGUGCUGGUCCAUUUACCAAAACGUUCCCGAAGUCAUGUCGUACGGCUGCUACAACGGCAAGACGGCGCAAUUAUACACCACAAAUGGCUACCCUAACCGAUUUGCAUAUAUGUUCGGUCCAUAUCUUAGCGAGGAAGGCCCGUUCUGCAUGAACUUCACCAUCAAGUGGAUCUUCCUUUCUUUACUGCUAGCCAUUCAAGUACUCUCGAUACUUUGGUUCGGUAUGAUUCUACGAGUAGCCAUCAACGCAGUCCGCUCUGGCAGCGCCGAAGACUCACGAAGUGACGAUGAGGAUGAAGGAGAAGAGGAGGAUGAAGAUGUCGAAACAUCAGUCAACCCCAGUAACGAAAGCUUGGGCCGUGCUACAGCUGACAAGGCCUCUGGGUCUGAAGGCUCAUGGCGCAGGGCGAAUGCACCAGCACCAACUCGACGCGGCCAUGGUGGAAUACUAGGCGACAGUGACCGAAAAGCUCUCCUUGGUAGAAUUGGCUGUGACAAGCCGACGCAUGACUGA